GAUAAUAUUUUACUAGGAUUCGAUUUACUGCAAAUUCAUGACAUUUGACGCGAAGGCAGCUGGUUACUGAUGGUGAUUCAAAAAAGUGUUGCCUGAUUAAAUUUAUAAUAUAAGAUCACAACAUGUUGGUCUUCUGUGAUAUUUUUGACUUCAAAGUACUUAUAUUUGCCUGUUUAUUGGCGUUUUUGCCACAUAAUUUCGCAAACGAUACUAAUGAAGGCGCUUUAUCGCUUACUCAACAAAAUAUCGAUAUGACGCUUGCAACAAAUGAAUUGGUAUUUAUAAAUUUUUACGCACAGUGGUGCCGUUUUAGCAAUUCGUUAGCUCCUAUUUUUGAAGAAGCUGCAAAUAAAAUAAAAAAUGCAUUUCCUGAACCAGGGAAAGUUGUAAUGGCAAAAGUAGAUUGUGAAAGGGAAUCUUCUAUUGCUUCAAGGUUCCAUAUCACUAAGUAUCCAACUUUAAAAGUUAUAAGAAAUGGUCAGCCAACCAAACGAGAAUAUAGAGGACAGCGAUCUGUAGAAGCUUUUGAGGAAUUUAUAAAGAAACAAUUGGAGGAUCCUAUUAAGGAAUUUUAUGAUUUAAAGGAAUUAACUAAUUUAGAUGAUAAAAAAAGAAUGAUCAUUGGAUAUUUUGAUAGAAAGGAUGUUCCUGAAUAUGAAAUGUUUAGGAGAGUUGCUACAAAUCUCAAGGAUGAUUGCCAAUUCCAUGUUGGCUUUGGCACAUGCUCAGCACAAAACUGUGAAAUUGGGGAACAUUUUCACUUUUUGAAUGCAAGUAAAGCUAUGCACCCUCCAGGAGAACCUAUAAUUGUCUUCCGGUCUGAUAAAGCACUUUCUAAUGAUGAAGAUGAAACGUAUCAUGGAAGUUUGAACAAUUUUGAUGAAUUAAAUGUUUGGGCACAAGAAAAAUGUGUUCCUUUUGUGAGGGAAAUCACAUUUGAAAAUGCUGAGGAAUUAACAGAGGAAGAUUUACCUUUCCUUAUAUUGUUUCAUGCUCCCGAUGAUGUUGAGAGUGUUAAAAUGUAUAAAGAUGUAGUAUCAAGGACAUUACUUGAUGAAAAACAAAAUGUAAAUUUCUUAACUGCAGAUGGUAUGAAAUUUGCUCAUCCUCUACAUCAUUUAGGAAAAACUCCAGCAGAUUUGCCUCUAAUUGCCAUAGAUAGUUUUAGACAUAUGUACCUGUUUCCAAACUUUAAUGAUAUUCAUGUAGAAGGAAAACUAAAAGCUUUUCUACGAGAUUUAUAUUCAGGAAAGUUACAUAGAGAAUUUCAUUAUGGGCCAGAUCCUAGUAACGAAGUACGAGAAAUUGUUGGACAAAUUAAGGUGCCUACAACUCCACCAGAAUCUACAUUUAAGAAAUUAGCACCUAGCAAAAACAGGUAUACAUUACUCAAGGAUGAACUAUAAUAAUAGAAUUAAUGAAACUCAGGAUAAGAUUUGUAUGACUUUGGUUAUGCAAUUUGUUAGUUUUCACAGUUAUUUACAAUGAUAAAAUCCAAAUUCGUUGUAUUAUUGAAAAAAAAAUAUUAAUCAAUGUUAUAGACGUGAUAACAUUUUUAAAAUCAUUUAUACAGUAUUGUAGUAAAAUUAAAUGCUUAUUUAGUCUAUUUUAAAUGGAAAUGGAAUUUUCACGGCCAAUCUCAUACUAAUAAUUUAAAAGAAAGUAUGUAAUUCCAACCUAAAGUGUUUGGAUCUCUACCAAAUGUUAUAUACAUUUAAACUCUAACCUGUACAAAAAUUAUUCACGAUAUACAUAUAUAUAUAUAUAUAGUCGAAACCUUCGAACGGGUUUCGUUACAGGAAAUAAGUAGAUUUUAUUCUAUUUUUACAUAACACGUGCUUUUUGUAUUACCUUUCUUUUCGUAUUGAAUAUUAAAAACGGUAAUAAUUCUUAAUGGAACUAUAAAUGAACGCCAGAGAUGUUAAUCUCCCAGUGUCAAUAUUCGUGUAAUAGAUGUUAUAUCUCAACUUAUAACGCGAUUUAUAGAAUAUUAUUAAAAAAGAGAAAAAGAAGAA